AGAACUUCACGUGUUUGAAAUGUAAAAAAAUGGUGUUUCCUUGUUUUCUUUUUAAAUAAGGAUGGCUGCCAUUAUCAAGUAUAUAUUUUGCUUACAGAAAGUGCAUAAUUUGCAGACAUGUUUUCAGGAACACUUGAGAUCUGCUCCUGGACUCAAAUAAACUCUCAUAAAAAUUCUGAAAAUAUCCCUGGCCAGUUUGGCUCAGCGGUUAGAGCGUCAGCCUGCGGUCCAGAGAGACCCCGCUAAGGAUAAUGGAUUCUGAAUUAAUGCAUAGUAUAGUAGGAAGCUAUCUUAAACCUCCAGAAAGAGUGUUUGUUCCAUCAUUUACCCAGAAUGAUGAGUUAUCUCAGAAUCACCACUCUGUGAACUUUGAAGUUACCUCUCCUAAAAUGCUUCAUAGUCCAAAUAGCCAAGCUCUUACUUUAGCCUUAAAAACUCUUCAGGAAAAGAUUCAUCGUUUAGAGGUAGAGAGAACACAAGCUGAAGAUAACCUGAAUAUUCUAUCCAUAGAAGCAGCACAAUAUAAAAAGGCCUUGGAAGAUGAAACAAAUGAGAGAAAUCUGGUACACCAGGAACUAAUAAAGCAGAAAAAAGAUAUAAGUAUACAAUUAAGCUCAGCUCAGUCUCGUUGUACACUCCUAGAGAAGCAACUUGAAUAUACAAAGAGAAUGGUUCUCAAUGUAGAGCGAGAGAAGAACAUGAUCCUAGAACAACAGGCCCAGCUUCAAAGGGAAAAAGAACAAGAUCAUAUGAAGCUGCAAGCAAAACUUGAAAAGCUGGAUAUCUUAGAAAAAGAAUGUUUUAAACUUACAACAACUCAGAAAACUGCUGAGGACAAGAUUAAACAUUUAGAGGAAAAACUUAAGGAAGAAGAACACCAGCGAAAGCUAUUUCAAGACAAAGCCUCUGAGCUUCAAACUGGACUUGAAAUCAAUAGAAUUUUAAUGUCUUCGGUAUCAAACCUAAAACAAUGUAAGGAAAAGAAGAAAUCUUCAAAGAAAACUAAAUGUUUAAAAAGAGGACCACCUCAGCAAAUUUAUUCAAAGUUUGGAUCACUGCCUGUUGUGGCUGAGAAGUCCUCCAGUGCACGCCAUUCUGUAAAUGCAAGUAUUCAAAACCUCCUACAGAUGAUGCAGCAUUGUGGGCCACAUAUUAUUCAGAAACCUGCUGAAGUUCCUGAGCCUAGAUGUCUCUACAAGCCUAUUAGAACAACUUCCCAGUGUAAAGCUUUAUCUCCUGACUCAGAAAAAUCUAUUUCCAUUUGUGACAAUUUGUCUGAACUUUUAAUGGCAAUGCAAGAUGAGCUAGACCAAAUGAGUAUAGAGCACCAAGAACUACUGAAUCAAAUGAAAGAAACUGAAAGCCAUUCUGUCUGUGAAAACAUAGAAUAUGAACUAGAGCAUCUAGUCAAGAAAAUGAAAAUUAAAGGAGAACAGAUUUCCAAACUGAUAAAGCAUCAAGACAGUGUUCGUAAACUGCAGCAGAAAGUUCAGAACUCAAAGAUGAGUGGAGCUUCCGGUGUUCGAGAAGACAGCAGUCCUACAGGGACGAAGAACGUAAAAGAUAGCCCCAGAAAAUGUUGGCUGAAGAGCUCUCUUCAGAAGAACGGCAACUCUCAUCCAGCACAAGUCCAUAAUCUUCAAAUGAAAUUGAGAAGAGAUGAUAUCAUGUGGGAACAGUAACAGUAUAGAAAAACUGGCGAUGAGAUCUUACAUUGUUAAAGUGGUUUGAAUAUAUCUUUAUGAAAUUUCAAAUUAUGUUUCUAGCCUCUAUAAAAUGUCAGGCUGUAGUAUUUUUUAAUUAAUGCCCAAUGACCUCCU